GCGAUAGUUCCAUUCCACUAUCCGGCGACGGAGAUACCCAGAAGAGAUGGCGGCCAGAGGUAGUUUUCAAUCAGCUCCAACGGGAGGUGGUGGCGGGGGAAUGGGACCCGGACCCCCGGUGCAAGGUGGAGGACCAGGCAUGGGACCUGGAACUCCUGGAGGAAGGAUGGGACCCUCAUCGGGCGCACAGAACCACCUCUAUCGCUCUCCGAUGCCUGGGCCUGGAUACCCGAGACCAGGUGGGAUGCCCCCAUCCAGCCGUAUGACCCCUCAGGGCCCGCCCAUGGGGCCUCCAGGCUACGGCUCCAGCCCUGUGUCCCGACCAGGGAUGCCCAGUGUCAUGGACCCCUCCCGUAAAAGGCCUGCACCCCAGCAGAUCCAGCAGGUCCAACAGCAGCGCAACCAACAUACCAAGAAGAAGAAGAUGGCGGAUAAGAUUUUACCUCAGAGGAUCCGGGAGCUGGUGCCAGAGUCUCAGGCCUACAUGGACCUGCUGGCGUUUGAGAGGAAGCUGGACCAGACCAUCAUGAGGAAACGCCUGGACAUCCAGGAGGCACUCAAGAGACCCAUCAAGCAAAAGCGAAAGCUUCGUAUCUUCAUAUCCAACACGUUCAACCCUGCCAAGCCCGACGCAGAAGACGGGGAUGGCACUGUUGCAUCAUGGGAACUGCGUGUCGAAGGACGCCUGCUUGAAGAUACUGCUGUGUCCAAGUAUGAAGCCACCAAGCAGAAGAGAAAGUUCUCUUCCUUCUUCAAGUCUCUGGUCAUCGAGUUGGACAAGGAUCUAUAUGGGCCUGACAAUCACUUGGUCGAGUGGCACAGGACUGCGACCACUCAGGAGACAGACGGGUUCCAGGUGAAGAGACCAGGUGAUGUAGGGGUACGCUGCACUGUCCUGCUGAUGCUGGACUACCAGCCCCCUCAGUUCAAGUUGGACCCUCGCCUGGCCCGUAUGUUGGGGAUCCACACCCAGACCAGGCCGGUCAUCAUCCAGGCCCUCUGGCAGUAUGUUAAGACCCACAAGCUGCAGGACCCCCACGAGAGAAGAUACAUCAACUGUGACAACGACCUGCAGCAGAUCUUUGAGACCCAGCGUAUGAAGUUCUCUGAGAUCCCCCAGCGUCUCCAUGCUCUCCUGAUGCCUCCAGAACCCAUCAUUAUUAACCAUGUCAUCAGUGUGGAUCCCAACGACCAGAAGAAGACGGCCUGCUAUGACAUCGAUGUGGAGGUGGACGACACUCUAAAGACCCAGAUGAACUCCUUCCUCCUAUCCACCGCCAGCCAGCAGGAGAUAGCUGGCCUGGACAACAAGAUCCAUGAGACCAUAGAGACCGAUGUAACGCAGCUGAAGACCCAGAGAGAGUUCAUGUUGAGCUUCGCCAGAGAUCCCCAGGGCUUCAUCAACGACUGGCUGCAGUCACAGUGCCGGGACCUCAAGACUAUGACUGAUGUGGUUGCGAACCCAGAAGAGGAGAGGAGAGCCGAGUUCUAUUUCCAACCCUGGGCCCAGGAGGCCGUGUGUCGUUACUUCUACUCCAAGGUCCAACAGAGGCGCCAGGAGCUGGAACAAGCCCUGGGAAUCAGAAACACCUAGACAAGGUUAUGUCAAAGAAAAGAAGUUCAACAGAGGAAAAMAAGUGUCUGUUCUCUCUGGGAGGACGAAAAGAGAAGUUUUGGACGUUCAUAUUUAUAAAUACACCGCUGAUUUUUGCAAAAAGCUUAGAUAAACAUCUUAGAUAUAGACUGCUCUAUUGCUGAUGGUAACUGUAGGAUAUAUUUUAACAUCAACUAGCAGCUGUUAUGGUUAUGUAUAAAUGUUUGAUUGCUACUUACUUUUUUAUAUUUGUCCCACUAAAAUAUAUUUUUGACUUAUUUUCUCUCAAUGGUCUAUCUCUGUUUAACUCCCAAAGCAUUUAUUUUCUGUGCUGAACUCUCUCACAGAUCUUGAAUCUAUAUUCAGGCCUAAGUGAGGUUGAAAUUACCCCCAACCUAAGUAUUGAUGCUACUUCACAAUAACUAAUAUUGGGUAUUUUAAGUAGGGGGCUUUUCAAUUAAAGUCAUAACAUUUGGCCAUGGUGAAAGAGCAUUUGGUUAAUUUUAAAUGCUUGGACUAUCUACCCCGCUCUGAGUCCAAACUAACUCAUAACUGAUCAGGUGAUAGCCUACGCACACUACCGUUUCUGCCUUUGGUCUGGAAUUGAUAUUCAGUGUAUGUUUGGUAUUGAUAGGGUUUUGUGAGUAUUCAGUGCCCAUCUUUUGCCCCGCUGGCUGGUCGUUUCUUACCAAGAUUAUUUUAAAUGCUUCUAGAAUGUUGUGUACCUCCAAAAAUUCUACUGUUAGAAUCUUGUGUGCUUCUAAAUUCUCCUAUGAACACUUCAAAGCAUGGUGAUGACAGGCAAGGUUGUACAAUGUUGUGAAACUUCAGUAUAUUGGUUAAUUUAUCAUUGAAGUAGCCUUUUCAUUUUAACCCUACUUUGGUGGAGCUUUGUUUUGUUUUUUGUAUUAAAAAAAAAAGUUUUGAAAGUAUCAAGUCUUGUUAGUUAGAAGUAAAGAAUAUUAAGGAAGUAGUGUUUAGUAGUAAUUACCUCAAGUCUAUCUAGUUUUUGUAAAUAAUGAGCAGAAUAAUCUGAUGUGAAGAGAAAAAUGUCUGUUUUUAAAGGACAUACCAUCAUUUUUGACUCAUUGUCUAAUGCACCGUUUGCCUAAGACGUUCCCCAAGGGACCCCAAUGGUUUAAUCCAGAACAUUCUCUAUAACCUAGCAGCAAGUUGCAGUUGCUUGUUGGUCCUGUGUGGAAGAGGGGAGAACAACGUUUUAGGCUUCACCUGUUCGUUUCAGAUGAAAUCCUCUGGGUUUUUCCCUCCUUUUAUUUGUUAGUGUGCAGAAGUUAUCAACACCCGAGGAAGAGAAGCGGAGAGCUGGGUUCACUUUUUUAGCUGUGACAUUCACGAAUUUCAGCUUUUUUGCUAGUAUGGUAGAAGGCUUUAGGCCUUUAGGUAUUUCUGUUUAGAUAUGACAUGUAGAGGAUGUAAGAAGCUUUUUCAUUGGGCUCAAUUCAGUAUCAGUCCAGGUGUUAAUUUAAAUACAUCUAUUUUCAAUGGGUAUUUUUAUUUGUUUUUCAAUAUUGAGUUUAAUUUCAAUCAACGUUCUGAUUUUAAUGCUGAAUUGACCGCAAACCUGUAAAAGGAUGAUACUGAAGACUGAUUUUAAAUCUUCAGACAUGAAUUGUAUUUUUUAUUUCACGGACCAAACCUAUUUUUUUUUCCUGUAUGUUUGAACCCUAUGCUAUAAUAAAGGAUAUCGUCAAUGAUAA